AUGCUUCUCAUUGACGCCUAUAUCCGAGCUUUAGAAGCCAAAGAGGAGGAGAAGAAUGAGGCAACUCUUGAGGGAAUGAUGUAUGGAGGUGGCGGCUUUGAUGAUGAAGAUCCAUUUGUGCCACAAGAUGAAUAUUUGAAUCAAUUAGCUCAGGGAGGUGGUGACUUUUCAGAUGAUGAAGGUGAUGAAGAUCCUCUUUCAAGCAAAGAUCCUAUCAAUAGCAUUGAUAUAGAAACAACUUUGCCUGAAGUUAUGAAAGAAUUAUGUUCUGUUAAUCAACAAGUAUUGCCUCACUUGGAAAAGAUUUUGACAGACAAACAAAAGCAGGCUCUGCAACAAAUGCUCCAAUAA